AUGCGGGCGGGAGGCGGGGCUGGGGGCCGUGCCGGAUGGAUAUCCGGUUAUCCGGUUACCCGGCCGGGGGCGGAGCGCCGUGUCUGCGGCACCGCCCGGUCCUCCGGGCCGCGAGGAGGAGCUGUUCCCGCGGCGCGUCCCGGGCAGGAGCACGUGCGGCCCGGUGCCGGCGGAGGGUCCCGCUCCAUGUUCGCCGAGCAGGACUGGAACGAUGCAGCGGAGCCGCUGCCCCGCGGCGCCCCGGCGGGCCCGGGCCGGCCGGGCUCCAGGACGGGCGAGAGGCGGCUGCCCGGGACCGGCCGGGACGGCGGGGCGGCGCGGAAGCGGCCCCGGAAGCGGAAGAAGGGCGGCGGGCCGCGGGAGCUCCCGGCCGGCCCCGAGGAGCCCCGGGAGGCUGGGCAGCGGACGGACACAGACGGCCCGGCUGAGCCGGCGGAGGAGGCCGGGAGGGCGGCGGGGCUGAGCCGUCGGCAGCGGCGGAACCGGCAGAAGCGGCAGCGGCAGCAGGAGCCGUCGGCGGGGUCGGGCGGGGAGCGGGGCUCGGGGCCGGGCCCCCCGGCUUCCCCGGACCCCCCGGAGGCCCCUCCGGAGCCCCGCUCGGGCCGCUCGGCCGCGCUCCGCGCGCGGAUGGAGGAGCGGCUGCUCGGCGCCCGGUUCCGCUACCUGAACCAGCAGCUCUACACCGGCAGCAGCCGGGACGCGGCGCGGCUCUUCCGCACCGACCCUGCCGCUUUCCACCUGUACCACCGCGGCUUCGAGCGGCAGGUGCGGCGCUGGCCCGAGCGCCCCGUGCAGCGCAUCGUGCGCUACCUGCGCCGCCGGCCAGCGUCACUGGUGGUGGCGGAUUUCGGGUGCGGGGACUGCACGCUGGCCGCCAGUGUCAAGAACCAGGUGCACUGCUUCGACCUGGUGGCGCUGUCCCCGCGGGUCACCGUCUGUGACAUGGCCAAGGUGCCGCUGGCGGCUGAGUCGGUGGACGUGGCUGUGUUCUGCCUGGCGCUGAUGGGCACCAACCUGCAGGAGAUCCUGGGAGAGGCCAACCGUGUGCUCAAGCUCGGGGGGACCCUGAUGGUGGCCGAGGUGGCCAGCCGCUUUGAGGACACCCAUGCCUUCCUGAAGGCCAUGGCGCAGCUGGGCUUCAAGACCGUCUCCAAGGACCUCUCCAGCUCCUACUUCUACGUGUUGGAGUUCGCCAAGACGGGCCCGGUGCGGCCCGGCGCCGCUCCCGGGCUGCGGCUGCGGCCGUGCCUGUACAAGCGGCGGUGACCGGAGCGGCGAGGGGGCGGGGCCACGGGGUGGGGCGGGGCCGCGGGGGCUGGCUCCGCCCCCCGCGCGCGAUCCAAUAAAGCCGCUGCUUCCUCACA